AUGCCGCCGGGCGCGGACGCCGUCGCGCAGGCGCGCGCGCUGCUGCAGCAGCUGCGCGCGCUCGCGGCGCAGCACGACCAGGUGCUGUCGACCUAUGAGAGCCAGCUCGACGCCAUGGUCGCGGCGGGCCCCAGCAAGCUCAGUGCCAAGGCGCCCAACAAGCGGCCGCUGCUGAGCGAGCCCGAGGGCCCCGAGGCCAAGAAGCAGCGGCUGGUGGCGGAGCAGCACCAGCGCCGCAACGCGCUGUGGCACGAGUGCUACAAGGUGCUCGACCGCUGCCGGCGCAACCAGAAGGCCGAGGCGUUCAAGAAGCCGGUGGACCCGAUCCGCAUGAAGAUCCCCGACUACCCCCUGAUCGUGAAGCACCCCAUGGACAUGCAGACCGUGGGCGAGAAGCUCAAGCACCGCGUCUACAAGGACCCGGCCGAGUUCGCCGCCGACAUGCGGCUGAUCUGGCAUAACGCGCAGCUCUACAACCCCCCGGCGCACCCCGUCGCCGCGGCGGCGCUCACGAUGAGCGAGUUCUUCGAGAGGGCGUGGGCGCCGCUGCAGGUGGAGAAGCAGUGGGCCGUGCAGCAGCAGGAGGAGGACCUCACGCGCGAGGCGCUGCAGGGCAAGAUGGACGGUCUGCCCAGCCUGGACCUGCCCAAGCAGCUCAAGGACAAGCGCGACAUGCUGGGCCACUACAUUGCGGCGCGCGACUACAACGAGGGCCUCCCGCCGGGCGCGCUGGGGCCCUGCGACCCGAGCCGCGCGAUGUCGUUCGAGGAGAAGCGCAAGCUGAGCGCCCACCUCACGCAGCUGCCCAACGAGCAGCUGCAGGGCGUGGUGGAGAUUGUCGAGGCCGCGCUGGCGGCGCAUGCGGUGAGCCGGCUCGGCGGGUGA